GUGCCCUUGGCCGUGGCACCCUGCCCCCACCUGAUAUCAAAGAGCCCCUUCGGUCUACUGAAGACCCCUCUCCUCUCCCCUCCUGUGCGUCCGGAAAUGACGCCGAAAUACCUCAGGAACAAGCUUUAGAAGCACAUGAAGAAUUUCCGGAGACGCGCACCGUCUGUUUCAAACGUUACUGGGUUAGGAAGAUAAAAAAGCGGUCAUUGGGAAAAAAAAUAAGGACGUCGGACAAAGGAAUCGGGAAAGGGAGCUUUUGGCAGCUCAAAGGGGAAGGUUGACAACGAAGUGGUUCAAGGCUGUGCUAAACCAUGGUGGAAUAUUACCAGAUUUUAGGAGUGCAAAGAAAUGCAUCUCAAGAAGACAUUAAAAAAGCGUACAGAAAACUGGCCCUCAAGUGGCAUCCAGACAAGAACCCAGACAAUAAGGAAGAGGCAGAGAGGAAAUUUAAAGAACUUUCAGAAGCUUAUGAAGUGCUGUCAGAUGCCAACAAGCGGAACGUAUAUGAUAGAUAUGGUAAAGAAGGAUUAACUGGAAGCGGAGGAGGAGGGGGCCACUUCAACGACCAUUUCGGUGGAGGGUUCACGUUCCGCAACCCUGAGGACGUCUUCCGGGAAUUCUUUGGGGGCAGGGACCCGUUUGCGGACUUCUUCGGGGACCCCUUCGCCGAUGACUUCUUCGGCGGCGGGCGGAGGCACCAGCGGGGCGUGAGCAGGAACAGGGCGGGCGGGUCCUUCUUCCCAGGGUUCGGAGCCUUCCCCCCUUUCGGGGCGGGGUUCUCAGGGUUCGACGCAGGCUUCACCUCGUUCGGCCACAUGGGGCAGCUGGGUCAGCUGGGUCAGAUGGGCGGGGGCGGCGGCGGCUUCGCCUCCUUCUCCUCCACGUCGUUCGGGGGCGGCGGUGGGGGUGGGGGCAUGGGCAGCUUCCGGUCGGUGUCCACCUCCACCAAAUUCAUCAACGGCAGGAAGAUCACCACUAAAAGAAUUGUAGAGAACGGACAGGAACGAGUAGAGGUGGAGGAAGACGGACAGUUAAAAUCUUUAACUAUAAAUGGUGUGCCGAGUGAGGAGGAGCGUAGAACCCGGAGGCAGAACGCACUGGCCGGCCCCGCCCCUUUCCAGCGCUACCUGAGGAACGCGCCCCAGAACCCUGCUGAGGAAGAGGAGGAAGGCCUGCAGGGCCUGGGCCUAGCUGCAGGAUACACUGACGCCAGGAGGAAGAAACUGAGGCCAAGGGUGGAGCCCAAGAAGAAGAAGCUCCCCAGAGUGGCUCACGGGACCAGCACCUGGUUUUAAUAAUGAACGACCCCAGCAUGGCGACUGGAUGAGGGUGUAAAAUACGAAUUAGAGUGAACGGCCUUACCCCCAGCAUGCAAUUUCCCCACAGUCUUUCAACCCUUCAGUGCAAUUUCACCCCAUGCAUCUUUCAUUUGGGGAAGUACCACAGUCAGGAUUGUCAGAGUGUAUUUUGAACAUGUUGUGGUCGGAGCACCCAGGUGCACAAAUAAGAAACCUGAAUUACAGACGGAUCAAUAAAAAAACACAAAAGCAACAACUAUGCACUGCAACUAACACACAGCCUGACUCCUUGAGGUAGUUUAAAGGUGAGAUCACACGCUGAUUUACCAGCCACUGAAAAUCAAUGAGUUUCUUUACUGUCGGAACUGAAUCAACAAAUCCCGUACCGUAUGUCCAUGUACCAGAACAUACAACAUGUUACACUAUGGCAUAAUAUCACGUUACAUUAUUGUCAUUUAGUAGACACUCUUACCCAGAGUGACUUACAGUUUUUCUUUUUAACAUGCUACCUAUUUAUAUAGGAUUUUUAUUGAGGCAAUUCUGGGUUACAUACAGCAGGAGUACUCCAGUGGG